AUGUCAUUUCCACAGGUUGACACAACAGCUUGCUUAUGUAGAGUAGAUGCAGGCCUCAAAACCGUGGCAGGUGCCAAAAAGUACGUCCCGGGUAGCAAGCUAUGUCUUCAACCAGACAUCAGACCAUCUAUCCAUCCAACCAGACAUAAACCCUCACGAGGAGAUAGAAACCGAAAUCAAUCCCCAUUGCUCCCGGGACUCCCUGAUGAUCUCGCCAUUGCUUGCUUAAUCCGAGUACCUAGAGCUGAGCAUCGAAAGCUUCGACUCGUCUGCAAGAGGUGGUACCGUCUCUUAUCUGGUAACUUCUUCUACUCGCUUCGAAAGAAUCUUGGAAUAUCCGAGGAAUGGAUAUACGUGAUCAAGAGAGACAGGGAUGGGAAAAUAUCUUGGCAUGCUUUCGAUCCCAUAUACCAACUAUGGCAGCCACUUCCACCUGUCCCCAAGGAAUAUUCUGAAGCCCUAGGUUUCGGUUCAGCUGUUCUAAGUGGCUGUAACCUCUACUUGUUUGGCGGCAAAGACCCUUUGAAAGGAUCGAUGAGACGGGUCAUUUUUUACAGUGCUAGAACUAAUAAGUGGCACCGUGCACCCGACAUGCUUAGAAGACGGCAUUUCUUUGGUUCGUGUGUUAUAAACAACUGUUUGUAUGUAGCAGGUGGGGAGAACGAGGGCGUCCACCGUCCAUUGAGAUCAGCUGAAGUUUAUGAUCCCAAUAAGAACAGAUGGUCACUGAUUUCAGAUAUGAGUACAGCAAUGGUGCCCUUCAUUGGGGUAGUUUACGAGGGUAAAUGGUACCUUAAAGGACUCGGGACUCACAGACAGGUUUUGAGUGAAGUCUACCAGCCGGUAACCGAUAGCUGGUAUCCUGUUUAUGAUGGCAUGGUGGCAGGGUGGAGAAACCCAAGUGCUUCCUUGAAUGGAAACCUCUAUGCCUUAGACUGCAAGGAUGGGUGCAAGCUUAGGGUUUAUGACGAAGAGACCGAUUCAUGGAGCAAGCAUAUCGAUAGCAAGUUGCAUCUGGGGAAUUCUUGUGCUUUGGAAGCAGCUGCUCUUGUUCCACUGAGUGGGAAGCUGUGCAUCAUUAGAAACAACAUGAGUAUAUCGGUUGUCGACGUUUCGAGAUCCGAAGAUCUUGGGGAAGCUCCCGCUGAACAUUUGUGGGAGACUCUUUCUGGUAGAGGGCAGUUCAAGACUUUGGUCUCGAAUCUUUGGUCGAGCCUUGCUGGGAGGAAUCGCCUGAGGAGCCACAUUGUUCACUGCCAGGUUCUUCAAGCAUGA